AUAAAAACAUUCGGGGCUUUGCUGAAAACAUUCGGGGCUCCAGCCCCCUUAGCCCACCCCUAACGCCGCCCCUGACGCCAAGUACAAAAAUCAUUUGUACAGCUCUUGAUUUAACGGUUUUGGUGACUGUAAGGGCUACUUCACCAGCAAUAACGAGUACAAGCCUUCGAUUAGCUGCGGGUAUUGGCAGCACUGCUGUGGAAGCUGCGAUAACAGAUACUGCUGCUCCUCUGAAUAUUCGAAGUUAUCUGAGGAUGAACAAUACCAAUGCGAUAUAUACACCCCCAUUUGCGGGGGUUGUGGUCCUCAUCAUCUUGUUCAUCUGCUGCUGCUGCCCCUGCUGCUGUAUCUAUCAAAUGUGCAGAAAACCCAGACCUGUGGUACAAACACAUGUAACUACAGUCAUGAAUACACAAUGCAUUCAGCAGCAGCCUGUAAUGCAGGGAGUCCAGUACCCACAAUACCAACCAGUGCCGACUCAACCAGGUUACGGGGGUCAUCCUAUGCAGACAGGACCAUAUCAGGGACAGUCAUAUGCACCAGGACCCCCACCCUCGUAUCACGUGGCCACGAGUCCUGGAUAUCCCACUAUUCAGGGUGCAUAUGACGGAGGCCAGGCCAUGUAUCCCAUGCAGCCACCUGCCCAGCCGGGUGUUGCUCCUAUGCUUUCAGAGACAUCCAAUCAGCCGGCACAACCCCGCCUACAUGCAGCCACCAAAACCCAAUUACUAAACCGCAACCGUCUGUCAAAUCAGUCAUUGCUGGAUUGUGGAGUUUGACGAGCUUUCGCAAGGCAGUAAGAAUGUUCCUAAGAUGUGCUAAGGUCAAGGGUUAUUACCGUUUUUAAUUUGAGUUAUUUUGUUUUAUUACUUUCAACUUCUUUCAGUUUAGUUUUCACUUUGUGACACACUUGAAAAAUGCAUUUUGGAAUUGUAAAUAAAACAAAGAUUAUUAUAGAAAGUUUUACAUGAAAAUACCAUUUUAAUCUUUCUACAAGCCAUGAGUGAAAAUAGUUUCUACACCUUUUUUUAAAUGCCAUAAUAGUUUUUAUUAGUGUUUUAUGCCUUCAGUAUUAAUUAUUCUAGUAUACACUGAUAAACAAUAUAAAACUGAAUAUACUAAAAAGACUAAAAUCUAAAAUAUAACUUGCCAUUUUUUUAUUAUUUUUUUUAGUUAAUAUUCUUUAGUUACAGCUUAUGUAAUUCUGUUAUUGAGUUUUCAUAGUAAGUUUCAGUAUGUAGACCACAUAUAAAUGUUUUGUUUUUUUCCUACAUUUCAAAUGGCAGGAACUGUGAUUAUAUUUAAAGAAAGUGUCAAGUUUUCAAGGUAGGAAAAAGGGUUAAUUUUGUUAAAGCAACCUUUGUUUAAGCAUUAGGAAACCCCCAAUAUUUGCAGUGCUUUUUCAGAUUGUAUUUUACUGUUUCAGGUGACUUUGCUUUUUUGAGAUGCAGCCUAUUUGUUUAAUGGGUAUACAUUUUGAAUAGGUUUAAUUGGUGUUUUAUAUGUUUUCUAUGUGUGAAAGAUGUGAAAAAUAUAUUUUACUGUUUUUUAAAUUCUGUAUAUUCUGUGUGGUGGUCAGUUCACAGCAGUGAUAGAAAUUAAUCUUUUCCAAUAAGUAUAAAUGGAUUUUUACCUUUUAUGGGCAUUUUUUACCUUUUGUAAGCCAUUUUUUUUCUAAAAGUGUGCAUAAUCUUUCAAUCAAAUUCUUAAAUUGAAUCAGUCAAUUAGAAAUAAGUUAUUUCGGCUGUUACCAAGUAAAUAAAAUCAGUAUUGACAAAAUUAAUCUUUGCAGUGCAGAGAAAACACAGAAGAUGCAUUAGAAGAGGCAUUUACAUGCAUUGAUAUUUUAAACAUAACAUGUUGUAUACUGAUUUUUGAAAUUAUAAAAAAAAAUAAAAAAUGAAAAGAUACUUUAAAUGUGAAAUUAAAACUGCCAGUAGGUGGCAGCAAGUCACUGUUAAUAAGUGAGUCAUUGCGAUUGAACAAAAUUUAAACGGUUGAUUCAGGAAGGAAGGAAACACCAUCAUGUUGAUCAGAGACACAAAUUGGAAUUAUAUUUGUUGGCGAAACAUAUUGUGUCAACAACAUAAGUGUCUUAUAUUAAAUUCUUGUUUAUUGAACUGCAGUUUAAAAUCAAUAUUACAAUUGCGUGAUACUGAUUAACUAUAUGAAAUGAAAUAAAUAUAUACAUUUCUACCCCA